AACCUUGACCACUAGAACAGCGACUGAAAGGGACAAGUGGAUCCAAAAGACCACUUAUCAUACCAGAGCUGCCAUGUCUUUCGCUGUGCCGAAGCUAAAGCUCGCUGAGACGUGGAAGGAGUUGGAAUUCCCAGAGUUGCAGAAUGACCUUUUGCUUCGUGCCGCGAACGGAGAGGAGACACCUGAGGCUCCUGUAUGGAUGAUGAGGCAAGCAGGUCGGGCUCUGCCUGAAUUUCGUGCACUGCGUGAAAAGCACGAGUUCUUCAAGUGUUGUCAAACGCCUGAAUUAGCCUGCGAGAUCACGCUGCAACCUAUCGAGCGAUUCAAGAGGAUAUCAGGUUCUAUCCUGUUCUGCGAUAUCUUGGUUAUACCUCAAGCUCUCGGCAUGGAAGUCAAGAUGCUUCCCGAGAAAGGACCAAGCUUUCCCGAACCACUACUCGAUCCCUCUCAUCUUUCUCGGUUGAACAACAAGGUCAACAUUGACGACACCCUUGGCUAUGUCUUCGACGCGAUCACCAUGAUCCGGAAGAAACUCGACGGCCGAGUCCCCUUAAUAGGCUUUUGUGGUGCUCCUUGGACGUUGAUGGCGUACAUGAUCGAAGGCGGAGGAAGCAAGACAUUUGAAAAGGCGAAGCAAUGGCUGUAUCGAUACCCGGAGGAGAGCAAUAAGCUUUUAAUGAUGAUCGCGGAUGCUUGUGCAGACUUUUUGGUUGGACAGGUACUGGCAGGAGCUCAGAUGCUGCAAGUCUUCGACACAUGGGCCGGAGAACUCACACCGCAUCACUUUGAAUCAUUCGAACUCCCCGCUCUCCUGCACAUCUCCCGCAAGGUCCACUUUUGUCUCAAAGCUAUCUCACAUCCCGAUGUCAAGAUAACUUUAUUUGCCAAAGGCGUCCAUGCCCCUCAGUCUCUACGAUUGAUCUCCGACCCAGAUGUUACUGGCUACGCUACGCUCUCGUUGGACUGGCAAGUCGAUCCCGUCGAAGUCAGGGAAAUUGUAGGCAAAAAAGUCAAUUUCCAAGGCAACUUUGACCCUGUCAUCCUGUAUGCUGGGAGAGAAGGUAUCGAGAAAGAGGUCGAACGAGUCUGCAAACUUUUCCACAAGGCUGGUGGAGGAUGGAUCGCAAAUCUGGGUCAUGGUGUUACGCCAAACGUCAAGCCGGACGACAUGGGAUGGUUCCUGGAGUGUAUCCACAAGUACUCGAAAAGGUGAUUGUGGACCGCGCAGGAUGAAUCCACAUCAUGGACGUAGAUGGAGCAUGCAAUUCUCCCCAGCUUACGAUAGACCGCUGGGUU